AUGCGUCUUUUCAAACUUCUGCCCUGGACGGUACUGGGAUGGGCAUUGGUCUCAGGAGUUUACGGCCAACCUGGAGCAGAUAUUCAGAAGCGACAGGAUGGCACCGACACGGCCUUUCCCUCUAUUACGAGCAAUGAUCCCAGUGCUUCAACAGAUGCUUCUGCCUCGGUAAGCAGCACGGCGACCUCAUCUGCACCGACUUCAACGCAGGGUGCCCAGCAGUCUGGUCCAGUAUCGACGACUUCGACCAGGAGCUCGCCCUCGGGUACGUCCUUGUCCUCCACGAAGCAUCCCUCCAGUGCGAGCACGGCCGUCCACACCGCCUCUAUCACUCCUUCCAGUAACUCAACAACAAGCUCGACCGAGAAAGCAUCCGAUGCGCUGCCGAUUCACCCUCGACUGACCCCGGCAUUCGGGAUUGCUGGGGUGAUGCUGAUCGUUCUGGGGGCGACUUAUGCUUUGAUUGGUGUCAAGACCAGAUGGGUACAGAUCUUUUUGUCCUGCGCAUUCCUGGCGAGUAUAGCGACAACGGCACUGGUCGACUAUGUGAUGAACCCGCCGGUGACAAAUGCUGUUCAAGGAGGCUUUUUCGUGGCCAUUUUCAUGACCGGCGCGGUGUUCGGAGGUGGCGCUUUGGUAUUCAAAGAAGUCACCGAAGGUUUUGCUUGUCUCUUGGGCGGGUUCUGCUUUAGCAUGUGGUUGCUGACCUUGCGAGCCGGUGGUGUAAUCACCAGCGCAGGCGGAAAGGGGGCGUUUAUCGGGAUUUUUUGUGUGUUUUUCUGGGCACUGUCCUGGACCAGCUAUACUCGCCCUUACGCACUCAUUGGAUCCAUUUCAUUUAGUGGAGCGACUGCUUUCACUUUGGGCAUCGAUUGCUUCACCAGAGCCGGCUUGAAGGAGUUCUGGUUUUAUAUCUGGGACCUCAAUGACGACCUGUUCCCCUUGAACACCACCACCUUUCCACUCACAAAAGGGAUACGGGUCGAAAUAGCCGUGAUUGUGAUCUGCACCAUCAUCGGAGUUCUAUCGCAGCUUAAGCUCUGGAAGGUGGUCAGGUCUAAGCAGAGGGAGAAAGGCGAGCUUGACGAAGAGGAUUUCAGACAGCGAGAGGCCGUGGAAGCCGCUUUGGGUCGCCAUCUCCAGCGACAGAACGAGCGCGAAAAGUCUGAAUGGGAAAAGCAGUAUGGUGAUCGACUUGCUAGCAAACGCAACACUGUCUUGUGGCAGGAUGCUCAUCCGGAAAAACGAUAUUCGACCGUGUCGGUUGUCGCCCUAGAGCAGGCACCCGAUUCGAGUUCUUCCGAGAGCGUGGAAAUGAACGCUUUUGGGCCCAAGAGAGUCUCUUCGACAUACGGAUCGAAAAACAAGCGGCAAAGCACGUUGACGGUCGACGUUAUUGAAGAGGUGGAAGAGGAUGUGGAUGCUGUCGCUAGCAAGGAACGCCAGAAAGCUCUUCAAGCCUUGGAAAAUUCCCAGACUCCGCCUGGGACAGCGCGGAAAGACAGUGGCGGUUCUUCUGCAACUCGGAGCACUCGCCGCGCUUCGAAAGAUAUAAACCCCAACGCAGAUGCCUUCAUUGAUCAGUCAGGCACACUCGGUGGGUCUUCCAAACCUAAACGAGGUGCUCAGGCGUCGCUUCCUCAUCGGUCGAAACACUUGAGCGUGAACUAUGGUAACGGUGGCUCUGAGUCGCAAGAGCAUCUGAUCGACGGCGAAAGACCUCAGAGUAGGGCUUCUUCAGCCGCGGCGACCAUGGAUGUGGACAACGAAGAGCUGGAUGUGAGUGCUUUGGACGUUGACCUCGACCAAGACCUGACAUUGGCGCCGGAAAUCGUCAUCUCGCCCGUGGCCCCAAAGCUAUCAGAGGGCCUGGGGGAUGCCUCCGUCGACGUGCAAGGUACUCAAGGGUCGAUUGUUGGUGGGAACUUGCAGCUCGAACGCCUACUCGUUGACCAGGAUGGGUUCUCUGCUAAAGGUGCUCCUAGCUUGGACGACGGCCUGAAACGCGAGGGCAGCGAGACGAAGACGGAGACGGGGGACCUGAAGAAGUCUCCCUCGCAGUCGUCCGACACUACCAACUCCAGCGCAGAUACUCUGACCAAGACCGCUCUUGCUCAAGUUCCUAGCCAGCUGUCGAGCGUUGUGUUAUCAUAUCGGACCAACGAAUGGGCAAAGCAUAUUACCUUGGCUGAAGAACCGAUCUAUGACGAGCCGGAGACCAUUGAGGGCGUUGACGACGAAUUGCCAACCCAGUUGGCAGCUGUUACGGCAGCACCGGAGAAGAUUCCCGCAGAGCCUCCUGUCGAAGUGCCACCAGCAGCCACAUUACCACCAACGGUGAAAGCGGGCGGGGCCGGUGUGGGCAUUGUCUCCAAGCCGCCGUCCACCCAGCGCUCUGUCUCGGAUCAAGAGCGCCGUCGCAGCACAGGCAGACAGCCAUCACGGUCGGCGUCGACACAAUCGUUGAGACACUCCAACAGCCGGGGUGGCCGGAACUCUCUUAACCCGACAUUGCAAAACUCACUGGUCUCGACACCAAUCGACGAAGAUGCCCCAAUGGAAUUCACAAACCCCAAGAGAGCGAGUCGGCGCAUGUCGUCCCCACACCAGAUGCCACAUCGGAGCGACAGUGGAACACGGCCGCAUACAGCCUACGGAAGUGCCACCCCACCCUCAGCCAGCAUGUACGACCUGCCUCAAAUGGUGCGGCCGUUGAGCCAAAACAGUAACAGGGCAGGUAUUUCCAUCGGGACUCGACUUGAAUCAUACAAUUCGCACCAACCGACUCAGCGGGACCACCGCAGCGACGCACAGAAACGGGAGUCUCUGCUGGCGGAAUGGCGGCUAUCACAACAACACCGGGCUGCGAGCACGGGCAUCAAUGGAGCGAUGGCGGAAGCAGGACAUGCUCAAAUGAAGGCGGAGAAAGAGAAUCGGAGACUGAUGGAGGAUUAUCAACGAAACGUGCAACAACGGAAACAGUUGGUGAUGGAUCAGGUUAUGAGACGGCCAGAUAUGCAAGAGCUGCAUCGUGAAGCGAUGCGCAAGAUGCAGGCGGGGGCUAAUAAGAAUCUAGGAGCUGGGGGUGGCUGA